AUGACUGUCAGCACUCAGGGUAGGAAAAGCGCCUCCAAGCGCAUGUCGCGAGCGUCGAAAGCCGGACUUAUCUUCUCGGUCGGCAGGAUCAGCAGACAGCUGAAGCGCGGCAGGUACGCAGGAAGAAUCGGAACUGGCGCUCCGGUUUACCUUGCAGCAGUGCUGGAAUACUUGUGCGCUGAAAUUCUCGAGUUGGCCGGCAACGCUGCCAGGGAUCGCAAGAGGAGCAGGAUCACACCUCGUGAAAUCUUGCUAGCCAUCAGGGGCGACGAAGAGCUCAGCGCUUUCCUCGGAGGAGUAACACUGUCUCAGGGAGGAGUCACCCCAAACAUCCAUGCAGUGUUGCUGCGUAACACUAAGUCCAAGAAGGAGGACAACCCUGAAUUCACGCAAUCUCAGGCGCUUUAA